AUGGUUGUAUCAUGCUGUGUUAUCGGAUGUGUAAAUAGGUUUGAUAAGACUAAUCCCAAGAGCUUUUUCCGCAUACCUAAGAAGCCUGAAUCAAGAAGAAAGCUUUGGAUUUCUACUAUUAAGCGUCAAGACACGAGUGGAAAAGAAUGGGAGCCUGCGGACCACGACCGCGUUUGCUAUCUUCACUUUGUGACUGGUUCAAAGAGCAAUGAUCAGUCAUCCCCAGAUUAUGUGCCAUCUGUGAAUAUGGGCUAUGACACAAACAGACAGAAAAAUCCUGACCAACGGAAGGCUAGAUACCUGAGAGCAGAGAAGCGUGAAACAGAGAGACAAAAUUUGGAGGUAGCCUCAGCCCUGUUGGAUUUAUCCUCCAAGGAGAAUAUUUCUACACCAGUCUCGGAGCCAGAGUUACCAGAUACAACAAGUGCAUCUCAGCUUGACAGUUGUUUAAAGAAGAUUUCCGAACUUCAACUUGAGAAGACACAACUUUAUUCUGAAUUGGAAAGACUUCAGUCAGAGUACAAGGUACUCAAGGCACAAUUGAGAGAGAUGUGCUUCGAGGAACAAGUGACAGGGAGUGACCACAGACUGCAGUUUCAUACUGGAAUUCCGUCUGUUGCAUUGUUUUCAUGGCUUCUAUCAUAUGUGAACAGUGAAUUGCCUACAUGCAAAGUUAUGUCAAGUAAGGGUAUUCUUUUGUGCAUUUUGAUAAAAUUAAGACUGAACCUACAACACCAGGACCUGGCUUAUCGUUUCGGUGUCUCAUUGACUACAAUAUCUGACAUCUUCAACCGAGGUCUACCUAUAUUAGCAAAGAAACUGUGUUUUCUCAUUCAGUGGCCAGAAAAAGAAACUUUGAUCAGAAAUAUGCCUUUUGUCUUCAAAUCCUCAUAUCGAAAGUGUUGCUGCAUCAUUGACUGUUUCGAAGUUUUCAUUCAGAGACCAGGACACCUUACAGCAAGAGCACAGACAUGGUCAAAUUACAAACAUAACAACACCAUCAAGUUUUUAGUGUCUAUUACACCAAUGGGUGCCAUAUCAUAUGUGUCUAAAGCAUUUGGUGGUAGGACAUCUGACAAGGUCAUAACAUUGCGGAGUGGAUUUCUUGACAAACUCCAAUAUGGUGACCAAGUGAUGGCUGACCGGGGCUUUCUCAUUGCGGAAGAAUUAGCAAAUCAUGGAGCGACACUUGUCAUUCCUGCCUUCACUAGAGGGAAAACUCAGCUCUCAGCGAAAGAUGUGGAACAAACAAGGAAAAUAGCCCAUGUGAGGAUACCUGUAGAGAGAGCCAUCGAGAGGAUUAAGAACUUUAAUAUCCUAAGCACUAACUUGAGUAUGCAUAUGAUACCUCAUUCCGACAGCAUUGUAACUAUUUGUGCUGCAGUAUGCAAUCUCCAGCCAAAAUUAGUGUCAUAA